GAAAUGAGCUCCAGUUUGGUUUUUACCAGCCUCCAAAGUCCUCUUUGGAGAUGCCAGUUGGCACAAGAAAGUGCUGAACUGUUUACACUCCCUGACUAAGGUUCACCGAGGGGGAUGUGGUUUAACUGAGCCACAAAGCCCAGUACAGGACUCAUUUGCAUGGCCCCUGACGCCAUGUGACGCAGCGGGCUCCUCCUAUAUAAAGAAGCAGGAGCCGAAAUUAUCUCUGAGUCUGGGUUGGGCUGGCAGCUGUGGAGUUUGUGACACACUUGGUGACUUCCCUCGAGCCACUUCCCUUCAACUCCAGCUUGAAGUGCCUGACUUGCUCAGGUUCUGCCCAGCAGCCUUCCUUCUACUCCUAGCUCCAGGGCCGAACUGCGGCGCCGGAGCCUAUCCCAUAGCAGCGCGCCAGCAGCCACCCAAACCAGCCACAGCUCCCCCGGCAACUCGAAUCAUGAACACCGAAAUGUAUCAGACCCCCAUGGAGGUGGCGGUCUAUCAGCUGCACAAUUUCUCCAUCUCCUUCUUCUCUUCUCUGCUUGGAGGGGAUGUGGUUUCCGUUAAGCUGGAUAACAGUGCCUCCGGAGCCAGCGUGGUGGCCCUAGACAACAAGAUUGAGCAGGCCAUGGAUCUAGUGAAGAAUCAUCUGAUGUAUGCUGUGAGAGAGGAGGUGGAGAUCCUAAAGGAGCAGAUCCGUGAGCUGGUGGAGAAGAACUCCCAGCUGGAGCGUGAGAACACCCUCCUGAAGACCCUGGCAAGCCCAGAGCAGCUGGAAAAGUUCCAGUCCAGGCUGAGCCCUGAAGAGCCAGCACCCGAAUCCCCAGAAACCCCAGAAGCCCCUGGUGGUUCUGCGGUGUAAGUGGCUCUGUCCUCAGGGUGGGCAGAGCCACAACUUGUUCUACCUAGUUCUUUCCAGUUUGUUUUUUGGCUCCCCAAGCGUCAUCUCAUGUGGAGAACUUUACACCUAACAUAGCUGGUGCCAAGAGAUGUCCCAAGGACAUGGCCAUCUGGGUCCACUCCAGUGACAGACCCCUGACAAAGAGCAGGUCCCUGGACACUGAGUUGCAUGGGGCCUAGUAACCCCAAGCCAGUGAGCCUCUCAUGCUACCGGGCCCAGGGGCUUCCAGGGCCUGGGCAACUUAGUUACAGCUGGCAAAGGAGAAAGUAGUUUGAGAUGUAAUGCCAGUGUGCUCCAGAAAGUAUAAGGGGUCUGUUUUUCAUUUCCAUGGACAUCUUCCACAGCUUCAUCUGACAAUGACUGUUCCUAUGAAGAAGCCACUUGUGUUUUAAGCAGAGGCAGCCUCUCUCUUCUCCUCUGUCUUGCCCAGGCAGGGGCAGAGAUGGGAGAGAUUGAGCCAAGUCAGCCUUCUGUUGGUUAAUAUGGUAUAUUGCAUGGCUUUGUGCACAGCCCAGUGUGGGAUUACAGCUUUGGGAUGACCGCUUACAAAGUUCUGUUUGGUUAGUGUUGGCAUAGUUUUUCUAUAUAGCCAUAAAUGCAUAUAUAUACCCAUAGGGCUAGAUCUAUAUCUUAGUGUAGUGAUGUAUACAUAUACACAUACACCUACAUGUUGAAGGGUCUAAUCAGCUUUGGGAGUACUGACUGGUCCCUUAUCUCUUAAAGCUAAUUUUUUGACUGUGCUAAUUUACCAAAUUGAUCCACUUUGACCUUUAGAUUAAUUAAGACUUAAGAUACAAGGGAGGGAGAGGGGGACCAGCCUCACAAUGCGGCCACAGAUGCCUUGCUGCUGCAUCCCUCCCCCAUCUGUCCACUGAAGACACUGAAGUCCUCAUUUGAAUGCCAAACCCACCAUUCAUUGGUGCUGACUACAUAGAAUGGGGUUGAGAGAAGAUCAGUUUGGACUUCACUUUUUUGUUUGAGGUUUUUUUUUAAUUGUUUUUGUUUUUGUUGUUGGUUUUGUUUUGUUGUUGUUGUUGUUGUUUUGGGGGGUUGGGUUUUUUGUUUUUUGUUUUCUUCUUGUAAGAAACUUUGGGAUGAAUUAAAGGAUGGAGUCCUGUGGUGGAUAAGAGAAGUAAAUAGUUUCGAUCCCUUGGGGGCCUGGGAGAUGUACCCAGGAAGUGUGUGUAAGGAGGUUCUGUGACAGCGGACACUUUCCACUUUCUGACACCUUAUCCUGCUGUAUGUCUUCAGGAUUUGGAUUUGGAUUUUUCAGAUGUAGCUUGAAAUUUCAAUAAACUUUGCUCUUUUUUUUUCUAAAAAUAAA